UCACUAGCUCAGUCGUUCUUGCACCUACAGUCAGCUAGCCAUCUCAUCCAUCCAUACUCUUUAUCUUCACUUCGCUUCGCCAGCUUGAUUCUGCUACCCAGAAAGGCGAAAUCGACAACGAGAAGGGAAAAGAAAGCAAUGGAGGAAAUGGUAGCAUCAGCAGUUGUGCAGGAGGCUGUGAGCGGAGCUGUCUCCUUCCUGUUCAGCAGCCGCGGCGAAAAGGCGUCCCAGGAGGAACUCAUGGAGAGGCUGGAGAUGGCGCACAUGAGACUGAAUUUGGCGCUCGAGAGGACCAGGAUGAUGCCCAUCACUAUCAUGACGUUGUUUUGCCUGAAGAAGAAGUUGAAGGAUGUCUCCAAGGAGUGCGGUGAUCUGCUCAGCAGGGCGAGGGAUCGUCAGCAAAUGGUACCCUCUGUACGCAGAAAGAUUAUGCAUACUGUGCUGCCCUCUUUCAUUGUCCCAAGUCAAGAUGUGUUGAGCAGCUCUCUGGUUGGAAGAUUUGAGCGGUUUGUCAAGGAAGCCGACAGGUAUGUCAGGGACGUGGAGUCUGGAUGUUCACUUUCUCACUACAGGUUUCUCAGCUCUCCCAUCAGACAUCUUCUUCAAGGCAAGGGUCUCUCCUACGACAUGGUGCAAGGAAGCAAGGCUUUCUCACUUCUUGUAUUGACGGGUUAUAUGGAAGAGUAUGGCAGAGUCGCAGUGCUAAAGUUUGAUUACAAAGAUCGCAAGGCGCCACUUAAAAAUUGUGAACUAACGCUGAUUCUAAGAAUAUACGAAAGCACAAACAUAGUUGGAAUUACUGCCAAAUGUUUGCGGUCACUUGGACCUCAAUUCAAGUCUUUGGUUGAGGAUGCAACUAGGGAACUCACCCAAUUACCUACACAAGACGUUUCAUAUUUCGAUUCAGUAUGGUGGGAAUCCAUGGUUAAAGUGACUACAGAUUGGAAUCCAGACCCAUUUUGGUGCAUAGCUAAUGGGGUCAACAAGCCUUGUGCUAGCAAUAUCAUCUCAUCGGAGUUAACAGGCAGAUUUCCACAAGAAGUUCUGUUUGUCAGAUUUACCUUCAGUUUUUCAGCUUCUGAGUACUGCUUUCGGAGCUCAACUGAUGAAGCGCGUAUAAACGCCAUAAAGGCCUGGCCACCUCCACAGAUGAAAGUUUACUUUGCACCUCAUCUGUCGUUUGGAUUCCACGACGGGAGUAGCUUACGCCAAAAGGAGGAGGAAAUACAAACAGAGGCGAUUGAUUGUUUCAUCCGUCAACCUGGUAUGACGGAAUACAAUAUGGUUUGGACCUCGGUGCAUGGUAUUGUAUCCUUUUAUGUAUUGAAGCAGAUCGCCAAAACUAGGAGGGCCGCAAAGAGAAGGCGGUAGAAGUUCAGACUUGGGAGCUGAAAAAAGGUUUCUUUUUGCUUAAUGAGCCUCUAUGAGACGGUUUGCUUAGGUGCCAGUAUUUAUCAUGGUCUUUUUAAGCACCUACUGUUUAUCCCUGCCAUGUAGCUUGUAAACAUGGUUUGCUUAUAUGCACAGGUUUUUUUUUGUUUUAAAGGAGGUACUCCUAUUUUCUUUGUUAUCAAUACAGUUGUGCAUGGCUUGCGAUUAUUCUGAA